ACGUGUGAUGUGUCACGGCGCAACUCAUUGUGUGCGGUUCAGCCUUUUUCCACCAGGAGCAGCGCCUCUCUCGCAGAUUAAAAACAAUAAAUGAUCAAUGCUUACCACUGAACAACGCCUAAAACGGGAAGCUAUUUGAAUCCAAGAAAAUGGUGUCUGUAUCUGUGAUUGCCAUGGCAGUUGGAACUGGUACGGCGGCAGUGCUCAUUGCCCCUGUUGCUUUGGGAGCGAUGGGAUUCGGUGCUGCUGGGGUUGCAGCUGGAUCAACCGCAGCAGGCAUGAUGUCUUCUGCAGCCGUGGCCAAUGGAGGUGGGGUAGCAGCAGGGAGUCUUAUUGCUGCUCUACAGUCAGCAGGAGCUGCAGGACUCACCGGUGCGGCCACAGCUGUUGUGGGAAGUGUCGGCGCGGCAGCCGGUGGAGCGGUGGGGUGGGUGACCUCUAAGUUCAGGGGGUGACCUCAAUAUUCAGCCGUAUUGACGCUGGGGUCUCAUCCUCGCUAUGAUUACAUUGAUAAUAAAAUUGAUUAUACUUCAAAUGUGUCUUUGUCCCAUACUGUAUGUGCUGAGCUUUAGGAUAGAGAAGUUGACUAUAGCAUAGUGUUGAAGCUACUGAAUGUUUCCAUUGAUUUCUGACUGAUAAAGAGGAUGUGUUGAUUCGUGAAUGUGAAAGAUCAGUGAGUAUUGCAAUGCUUUGCUGAAGUAAAUAUAUUUUACAUUUGU